AUGCAGCAUUCAAUCUUAUACUCUGUAGUAGCUUUUAUGCUACUUGUGACUGAGUUGCAAAGCUAUGCUGGAGCUCAUGGCAUUGGGGCAAAUUAUGGUAGACAAGGUGACAACCUUCCAACUCCGGACAAAGUAAUCCAGCUAUGUAAAUCCAGGAACAUUCAAAGAAUUCGUAUUUUCGAUCCACAACAAGAUGUUCUGCAGGCACUGCAAGGGUCAGGAAUACAAGUCAUCAUAGGUACACUGAACAUAGAUGUCCCAACCCUAGCCAAUGAUCCAGCAUUUGCUACCACUUGGCUCCAAACCAACAUCAUUCCAUUCGCUUCAUCUGUCAAUUUUCGAUGCAUAUCCGUUGGAAAUGAAAUGGUUCCAAGCCAAAAUGCUAGCAGCAUACUCCCUGCCAUGCAAAAUCUGAGAACUGCACUAAUUGCGGCCAACCUCAAUAUCCCCAUAUCAACAGUAGUGUUCCAAAAUGUACUGGCAUCACCAUUUCCACCAUCUGCAGGAACAUGGCAUCCUGAUGCAGCCUCAAUUAUGGUUCCUCUGGUACAAUAUAUGCAAGCCAAUGGCUACCCCCUUCUUUACAAUGCCUAUCCAUAUUUCGCCUACCGCGACAACCCGAAUGACAUUAGGCUAGACUAUGCAUUGAUGAGUACCUCAGAGGUUAUUGUAACGGAUGGGGCUCUAGGGUACACAAAUUUGCUUGAUGCUUCCCUAGAUGCUCUCUAUUGGGCACUUGAGAAGGUAGGGGCACCAAAUGUUGAGAUUGUUGUGGCUGAAACAGGGUGGCCAUCAGAAGGAGAAGGACAUGAUCCAGCAACUAUUGAUAAUGCCAGAAUAUAUAACAGCAAUUUGAUCAAGCAUGGGCAAUUUGGAACACCAAAGAGACCAGGAAAGGGAUUGGAGGCAUACAUAUUUGCUUUGUUCAAUGAAGAUCUCAAGCCUAAGGGGUCUGAAGCUCAUUGGGGAUUGUUUUAUCCAGACAUGAGUGAAGUUUACCAUGUUGAUUUCUAA